CAGAGUGAUUGCUGAGCCCGUGCUGUCUCACCGAGAUGAGGUUGUCCCUAAUGCCUGGCCUCCUUUCCAGGGAGCCAGUGGACGAGGUGCUGCAGAUCCCCCCGUCCCUGCUGACAUGCGGAGGCUGCCAGCAGAACAUCGGGGACCGCUACUUCCUGAAGGCCAUCGACCAGUACUGGCACGAGGACUGCCUGAGCUGUGACCUGUGCGGGUGCCGGCUGGGCGAGGUGGGCCGGCGCCUCUACUACAAGCUGGGCCGGAAGCUCUGCCGGAGAGACUACCUCAGGCUUUUUGGCCAAGAUGGUCUCUGCGCAUCCUGUGACAAGCGGAUCCGAGCCUACGAGAUGACGAUGCGGGUGAAAGACAAGGUGUACCACCUGGAAUGCUUCAAAUGCGCCGCCUGUCAGAAGCAUUUCUGUGUGGGCGACAGAUACCUCCUCAUCAACUCUGACAUAGUGUGCGAGCAGGACAUCUACGAGUGGACUAAGAUGAACGGAAUGAUAUAGGCUAGAGUCCCCAGGUCUUUGGGGAGGGUUUUCACUGAAAGUCACUGUCUCCGUGGGGUCUUCACUCUUAGGCACUUUGGGGAUUUGAGGGUGGGAUGAGGCAUUUCUGAGGGGAUGGUAGACCCUAAUUGGACACCAAGACACAGCACCCAAGUGACACUACAAGGGACAAGACUUAAAUGUGACAAAAUGACUGGCCUUCAGGGAGAACUUAUGGACAAUGGCCACAGCCUGUCCUUGGUAACUGACAUGAUUAGUGUGGAGAGGAGCAUUUGGGGUGCAAGCAGGCACUGUGCCACCAUGCUGGAACGCCACGUCUACAGAGAGGGAACGUGUGUGCAGACGUGUUGUGACUUUGACCCUUGAAAUCUAGAGAUGUGCAAUUGAUUUCUUUUCUUCCUGGCUUUAUGACGGCCCUGUUCCAGUCACUGUCUUCCAUACAGGGAAGGACACAGAGGAGAGUCCUGUCCUUUUCUUUGUGGCCACCUCCCCAAGGCCUUAAGUUUGGACCUAAGGGAAACUGCACGGAGACACAUUUCAGUUGAAAAUGGAAACUGCAACUUUUAACCAAACAAUUAUUGAAAGCAAUGCUGAUGAAUCACUGUUUUUAGACACCUUAGUUUUGAGGUGAGGAGUUCCACAUAUUGUUUCUAUACAAAUGUAAAUCUAAAAAAAAAAAAUUGUUCAACUAUUUUAUUAUCUUAGAUUAUAUCAAAGUAUUUGUUGUGUGUAGUUAAAAAAACUGCAGACAGUAAAAAUGACAGACUAAAAUGC